AUGUGCCAAGGCUGUCCAAGACCGCCGACAUGCUUGGUCUCAAUGGAGGCGAACCCCAACACCACAGACUUGGACUUAGUCAUCACCACAGCUGUCAUCACUCCUGGCAUCACAGACCUUAUCCAGCCCUUCACCCCACAAGAACUGGCAGCAGCCACCUCCACUCUCAAGACUGGCAAGACUCCAGUCCCACACCUGCUCCCAUCAGAGUUCCUCACCCACCUCACUCCUCCCUUACAAGUUAGCCUCCUUCACAUCUUCAACACCAGUUGGCUGUCAGGACACUUCCUUACAAGUUGGAAGUCCUCCAUUCUCCUCCCUAUCCCCAAACCAGGGAAGGACCCAACACGACCAUCCUCCUACAGACCCAUCGCCCUCCUCUCCAACAUAGGCAAGCUAUUGGAGCGCCUGGGUACCCUGGACGUGCUGGGUCAGAUGGAGUAUCACAUUUGUGACACUUACCGCAAGCGGCAGGUCAUGACAUCCCUCUUCGUCGACCUCGAGGGAGCAUUUGACUCAGCACCACACACGGGAAUCCUCUACAAGCUGGCCAACAUGGGCAUUACAGGCACCACUCUUUCCUGGGUGAAGGACUUCCUUUCUGGUUGCUCUUUCCGGGUUGCAGUGGGUGCCUCCAAGUCUGCCCUGCACUACAAACAGAGAGGUGUCCCCAAGGGGUCUGUACUCAGCCCACUCCUCUUCACCAUCAUUCUGGCAGACCUCCACCUCCCUCCCCAUACUCACCUACUUAUUUAUGCAGAUGACAUCACCAUCGUCAGCAGGACAGCAACACUAGACCAGUCCUCCACCCAUCUCCAGGAAGCUGCCACAUCACUGGGAAGUUGGCUGACCACCUGGGGACUCACAGUCAGCACCCAGAAGAGCACACUCAUGUGCUUCACGCUCAAAAAACUCCACACCCACCCUACAGUCACCAUCCGGGGGGAGGCUGUCCCCCUACUCCACCACCCACACCUUCCUCGGGCUACGUCUGGAGGGUUUACGCCUGUCAUGGCAUGCCCAUGUCGAUUACCUCCAGUUUACCUGCUCCAAACAUCUGCACCAUCCACCCUUGCAAAGCUUGACCCCAUUCAGAAUGCUGCUCUGAGGAUCUCUUUGGGUGCCAUGAGCUCCUCACCAAUAGUCUCCAUCCAUGCAGAGAGUGCCAUCCACCCCCUAAGUGCCUACAGGAGACAAGCUCUUUGCCACCAAUACCACCGCAUCAUGAGCUUACCUCCCUCACAUCCUCUCAUCACUCUAUACACCACCUCUGGAGUGGACCAGCACUCACCUGUAUGGUUUCCUGGUGCCAGGCAACCACUGCUUGUGAGAGCUCUCCUAGCUCAUGCCAUCCUAGGCUUGCCUCCACCACCUCCACAACCCAUCAGCACACACUCAUCACUACCACCCUGGCUGGACAUCUCAGACAAGAUCAACCUGCACUUUCCUGGCCUCCCUCCCACUCAUGGUUCUGCUGGUGUCCUAGCUCCCACCCUCUUUCUACAGCUGGACAGAACCUUAUUCCACCACCACCUCAGAAUAUAUACUGAUGGCUCCCACUCCCCUUCACCCUCCCCAACAGCUGCAGCCAUCUAUUUACCUGCAUCCUCUACCUGCACGACGUGGAGGCUCCCACCAGACACCGAUGUCCUGACAGCGGAACUCUAUGCCCUUCAGCAAGCCCUCAACCACCUCACCACACUCUCCUCUACAGGCUCAGCAGUUAUUUACACUGACUCCCUCUCCUCCCUGAACAUCCUUCAAUCCCGCCAUCCAACCUCAUCCACCUUCCUCGUUCACUCCAUCAAGCGAACGUUGCUACAGCUUCCCACUAUGGGUUGUGGGGUAACCCUACAGUGGGUUCCAUCCCACUCAGGCAUCCAAGGAAACGAGGUCGCCGAUGCUGCGGCCAAGAUGGGCUUGUCGGAGGUAAACAUCACUCUGCUCCCUCUCCCUCUCUCCACCGCCAAGCACAUUAUCUCCAGAAAAUGUCACUCCACCUGGGACACCUCCCUCAACACUGCUCUCCUCACCACUUCUCUGGGCCAGUACAGAUGUAAUUCCUCCCCACAACCCUGGAUGCGACAGCAGUCCCGUGUACUAGACGUCACCCUCACCCAUCUCCGCCUGGGCCACACCAGACUCACUGCUCACCUGCAUCGCCUGCAUCUGUCCCCUGACCCAUACUGCCCCUGGUGCAGGACUGUACCUGAAACCAUCGAACACUUCCUUCUCCACUGCCCACGCUUUCACUCUCACCGUGUUGUGCUACAUUCCCGACUCCUUGCCCUGGACGUGGCAACAUUCGACCUGCCCACCCUACUGGCGGCAACAGGCGUUCACCCAUCACGGCAAACCACUGUCAUCCGCCUCACCUGUGCCUUCCUCAGGAAGACUGAUCAGCUGUCACACCUGUGA